AUCCUGAUACCACUCUGUGUGCUGAAGGUGUCAGAGAAUCGGUCCAUGUUUUCUCUACUCAUAUUUGCUCUUGGAGCAGUUAUUCUGGUUUUCUGCAGACCUUUUGGUUUGGUGUUUGAACAAUGGUUUGAAAAGUUCAGUCACUGAACACCAGAUGUAUUGAAAGAGAGGUACAAUGUGACUGUUUCCCUCCUAAUUUAAGUAUUUAUAUUUUUGCCUUAAUGCUCCAACUCUUCUAGGAAGACAGGUUUAUUGUUGAAGAAGUGUUUAUUUGUUCUUGGAAGUUAAGUGUGCUUCACUUUGCUCAGACUUUUCCUUUUUUUUUUGCACCUCCUCCAGAACACUUCCUUGUUUUUGUGUGUGGUUGUCUUAACAGAAAUAGUAGUAGGCAGGUGACAUCAUUCCAUGGAAACACCCCCUAUCCCUCUGAAAUAUAAAGGAUCCUGUUCUUCUGUGGCUGUUUCCUUGUAGCUUCAUCAUACCAUCCCUUGAGGUGCUCCAUUUCAACAAAAUCCCAACUGACAAGAGCGGGAAACUUUUGCUGUCAGGAUUUUUGAGUUUGUGGACUCCUGUUUGCUUCCAUACAACGAGCAACCAUGUCGAUGGGUUUGGAGUUAGUGGGCAUUUGUCUUGGAUUCAUUGGAUUCAUCGGUGCUAUAAUAGUAUGCGCCUUGCCUCAGUGGAAGACGACAGCUUUCAUUGGAUCCAACAUUAUCACAGCUCAAGUCAUCUGGGAGGGCUUAUGGAUGAACUGUGUUGUUCAGAGCACAGGCCAGAUGCAGUGCAAGAUGUAUGAUUCUCUCCUGGCUUUAACGGCUGACAUGCAGGCGUCCAGAGCAAUGACAGUCAUAGCCAUUAUUCUUGGAGUACUAGGGGUGCUGAUCUCAAUUGUUGGAGCCAAAUGUACCAACUGCAUUGAAGAUGAAGCAGCCAAAGCCAAAGUGAUGAUCAUUUCCGGGAUCUUCUUCAUUCUCGCCGGACUUCUGGUCCUCAUCCCCGUCUCCUGGAGUGCAAACACCAUCAUCCAGACUUUUUACAACCCAGUGCUGGCUGACCCUCAGAGGAGAGAGAUUGGGGCAUCCCUUUACAUUGGCUGGGCAUCAGCUGCUCUUCUUCUGAUUGGAGGGGCUUUGCUGUGCAGCAGGUGUCCACCAAAAGAGGAGAGAUACAAGCCAGCGAGAAUGGCCUACUCUGCUCCGCGCAGCAUCAGUGCAGGUGGAGGUUAUGACAAGAAGGACUAUGUUUAGCUUCUUUUUAUCAAUGUCUUGUGUGUGUGCUUCCUACAGUUUGAAACUUCAGGGUAAAACUCUGUUAAAGACUCCGAGAUGAAGAUAUCUGUAAAAAUAUUUUGACGUUUUUCUUUGCUUGCAUUUAAAAAUAAAAUGCCUUCAAUUUGUCAGUGCCUUUGUUUUUUGUUUUUUUUAUUCUACCUAAAUAAUGCUUUUUAAAGGAUCCGAUUCUUGCAUUGACUAUACCUGGUGUCAUGUUUCACUGAAACUGGCUGUUCCAACAUUGUGCUGCCAAAUGGCAGGCCGCUUUUUUAAUAGGCCUCUUUUUGUGUGUUUUGCAUGUAAUAUAAGAAAGUUCUGUUAAGACUUUAACUACAUCUAGAAUGACAGAGAGCAUUAAUUUACAAUAUGUGUAUUGUAUUUGUAAAGAUAUAAAUAUAUAUAUAUACUGCAUGUUUGUAUAUUUAUUUUUUGUGACUUUAUUUGGAGCUUUUCCUUAUAUUUCGCUGCCAUGACAAAAUGCAUUUUUAAUGAAUCCCUAUAUUUCUACAGUUCUCAGUUAGCAUCACUGAUUUUUUAAGGGGCAAAGUUUUUCACUGGUUUUCAUUGAGCCCAUCUGAAGACAGUUUUUCACUUCUUGGAAAACUUAUAUUGAUGUCACCAAGUUCCUACCUUUUCAAAAGCAGGAAGUGGGAGAGACAAACAAGUCUGUCAGUAGGGGCAUUACACAUUUCCAAUUCAAAUUAUUUUUUUAUGUAGCACCUUUCGUGUAAAUAGAGAAAGCUCAAGGUACAAGUGUAUUGAUGAGAAAUUGUCUUUCCAAUGUCCAUGGUUUCAAAUAUAUUUACUUGUUUGUGAGUGGUUUCAAUGUUGCAAAUAAAACAAUGUGGUCCCUGAAAAUGCAUUUCUAAUAAAGUGUUGUGAAUAUUUGGUCAAAAAGAUAGUUUUGUUUUUAUUUGGCAUUUGUACGUCUUGUUGGUUGCAAAAAUAGACACGCAUUAGCAAAAUCGAAAAUUCCUGGAUGUUGAAGAAAAAUGCGACAAAUGUUAGGGGUCACCAUCUCAUCUCAGUCUCAAGUUCUUUCUUUGCCCAAAUGUGAGAAAUUUUUGGACAGGUUAUUUCUAUAUUGUAUUGACUGUUCUUACAGUGAAUGUGCAAACUUGUCCAAUUAUUGCAAUAUUUGGUGUUCCUGACCCCUCACUUCCUUUGAGUAGUGCACAAAACGAUAUCAUGGCAUUCACAUCUCUGUUGGUAUAGACGUUGGUUGUUACUACAUUGGAAAUCUUCUAAAUGCCCAUCUAUUUCACAAUGGUUUAAUGAUAGUGUUUUUUUAAUUAGAGAAGAUUAAAUACACACUAAGAGGAAGCACACAAAAAUGUUUCAAUAAAUGGAAAUGUUUUAUUGUCUACUUUUCAAAUUUGGAACUGUUACCCAAUUGAGUUUGUGCCUGUGGUCUAUUGAUUUUCGUGAAUAUUAUUAUCAUACCCAUUUUUCCUUUUUAUUUAUUUUUUUCUUCUUUCUCUGAUGGUUAUGCUGAGAUGGGG